CGGGCCUCGUUUAUUUUUACCCGCACAGUGAUGCUGUAGCGAGCGCCGCAAGGAACAUAGUGCUUGGCGGAGUGAUCCUAUCCGCGGAGGCGGGGCACAGAAGGCCAUAUAAAGGACGGGAAAGGAAUGUGUGGCGCACUUGUGUAAGGUUAGGAGGGUGUGUUUGUGUCGGCUUGACCUGUGAGCCUCUCGGGAAAAUGCAGAUCUUCGUGAAGACCCUGACAGGCAAGACCAUCACCCUGGAGGUAGAGCCCAGUGACACCAUAGAGAAUGUCAAGGCCAAGAUCCAAGACAAGGAAGGCAUUCCCCCUGAUCAGCAGAGGCUGAUCUUCGCUGGCAAGCAGCUGGAAGAUGGACGCACCCUGUCUGACUACAACAUCCAGAAGGAAUCCACGCUGCACUUGGUGCUUCGCCUCAGAGGUGGCAUGCAGAUCUUCGUGAAGACCCUGACAGGCAAGACCAUCACCUUGGAGGUAGAGCCCAGUGACACCAUAGAGAAUGUCAAGGCCAAGAUCCAAGACAAGGAAGGCAUUCCCCCUGAUCAGCAGCGAUUGAUCUUCGCUGGCAAGCAGCUGGAAGAUGGACGCACCCUGUCUGACUACAACAUCCAGAAGGAAUCCACGCUGCACUUGGUGCUUCGCCUCAGAGGUGGCAUGCAGAUCUUCGUGAAGACCCUGACAGGAAAGACCAUCACCUUGGAGGUAGAGCCCAGUGACACCAUAGAGAAUGUCAAGGCCAAGAUCCAAGACAAGGAAGGCAUUCCCCCUGAUCAGCAGCGAUUGAUCUUCGCUGGCAAGCAGCUGGAAGAUGGACGCACCCUGUCUGACUACAACAUCCAGAAGGAAUCCACCCUACAUCUUGUCCUGCGCCUGAGGGGUGGUAACUGAACUGGCCAGUUGCUACUUGUUUUCAAGUAAAAGUUUCUCUGCACUUAAUCAUUCUAAUAAAGCUGUUGCAUCC